AAAAGGAAAUGCACUAUUAAGAAAAUAUAUUCAAAACUAUAUUUUCACACAUGUGUGAUAAUCAUUUACACACGUGAUAAGCGAUUGAAAUUUUUAAAAAACCACAAUGAAGUUUAUAUAUUGCAAAGUUUUUAUCAGUUUUGAACUUUGAAAUUUACGAAAUUAACGAAGCAAUUAAAAGAAAUAGUAAUUUUACAAUUACAAAUGUCGCAAAAUGUAGUGAAAGUACUUUCGGUUGAUCGCCUCAGUUAUGGAACUGGUCUUCGAUUACAGAAAGCAUUAGCGGAUCAGCACCAUAAUAAAUCGCUAAAAGGUCAUAACUCCAAUACUCUAGUUUUAUUAGAACACAAACCCGUGUACACUGUUGGUAUUCGAAAUAAGGGCUACAGUGUGAACGAUGAAAACAAAUUAAAAGCCUUGGGAGCGGAAUUUUUCAAAACGAACCGAGGUGGUCUUAUAACCUUUCACGGCCCAGGACAGUUGGUGGCCUAUCCUAUAAUAAACUUAAAAGAUUUCCAGGGUGGUGUAAAGUGGUAUGUUUGUCAAAUUGAAAAAAUGAUUAUUCGUCUCUGUGCUGAAUUGGGCAUUAAGGCAAAAACUUCCCCCGACACGGGAGUUUGGGUGAAUGAUAAUAAAAUCUGUGCAAUUGGAAUUCAUGCAAGUCGAUACGUAACAACGCAUGGAUUAGCUUUAAAUUGUAAUAUGGAUUUAAAAUGGUUCGAUCACAUUGAUCCCUGUGGAAUUCAAGAUAAAGGUGUGACAAGCAUUAGUGAAGAAUUAAAAAUGAAUGUGAGAAUUGAGGAUGUUCUUCCUUUGUUUAAAAACGCCUUUCAAGAUCAAUUUCAAUGUUCGCUGAUUGAUUUUCCUUCCGGGGAAGCUUCAGAAGUACUUCGUAGCUGUAAUCAAAAAGUGCUUAGAUCUUCUUAAAAUUAAAUUUUUUUAGCCAAUUUCUGAAAUAAAUAUUUAUUAAAAA